UUGUCUCCAACAGGUGGCUACGGAUAUAAUAAAAAACCUGAAGUUUGGGAGUAUCAUGGCACCUACAAUUACGGGUUCAGGUCAAAGAAAAAGAAGUUUGGUGCAACAAAAGGGGCUCUUUUAGCCCUAGCAGGAGUCCCUCUGCUAUUGGCGCCGUUACUGAGUUUGCUGUUUAUACCCGCCCUAACAAUCCCAACUAUCACAGUCGCGGCAGGAAGACGGAAAAGAAGCGUCAAAGUAACUCAUCUAGCUAAAGAGUCGGAAAUUCAGGCUGUAGCAGACUACCUUAAGAAAGUGCACUACAGCGCCACCCAACAAGAAACGGUUAUGGCUGAAUACCUGCAGUGCAACGGUAUGCUCUCAAGACGUGACCACUGCUUGGAAAGAUUGGCUUGUGAGUUCAGUGAUCCGCUUAAUAACGACGCUCCCGAGUUGGAACGAACUGUUUGUUCUAUUUUGCUGCGCCAUCUGUUAAAAAAUCAUUACAUUCCUGACAGUUUUAAGAAACGGUUGAAACGAGCAGCUCGAUAUAGUCGGAGACAUUCUGGUCGCUGUAAUGAUAGGUUUUUCUGUGAACGUCUAGACACACACCCACCAGAAGAGAAAGGAAAAUAUCAGUCUUCUAGGCCAUGAAGUAACUCCUUACUGAGGAAUCAAAACUGCGUACCAAAGUUUAUCUUUUCAUUCAACGAUAACACCGUCGAAAUAAGUAUUAAUUUUGAUUGAAUUGUUUUUAGCAAGUUAAGGAACGUCGAAGAUCGUACGUGUGUGCACGUCAAAUAUAUGUAUAACUAAAUUUUCAAAUAUCCGAAACAUUCAACAAUUUAGAUUUUAUUGCCAUUUUUAUAAUUAUUAAUUUUAAUCACCGUACGUUGUUAGUCGUAGUCUUGAAAAUAACCUGUCAUAUUCUGCAGACGACCAGUAAUCUGGACAAAGUUUACUUUGUAUAAAACAAUCUUGUGUUUCUGCUAACUGGAAUAAGCAACUGACCAAAUUUCGGCUUCAGCACUACCAGAUCUCUUAGGUUUGUGUGCUACCUAGGAAACUUGAAUUUAAACUCGAAAAUGUUUUUAAGAAGAAAAAUACAUUUCUCUGCAAAGUUUAUAUCUGUAGCCUAAUAUCUGUAAAAAAUGUUACCUUAAUAAUAAUAAACAAGCAUAAAAACAGUAAA